AGCUGCUGGGUCGGUGCUUGGGCCCCUCUGAAGAUCCAGGCUCCCUGGCAGCAGCGUGUUCCCUGCCCCCCAGGCGGAGGCUCCUGGUCUCCUUGGUGAGGGGCUCUGUAAUAGCCCCCAAUGUACCAGCCUCAUCUGUGGGUAGGGCGCCCAGACAGCAAGUGUGAACAGUCAGGAUGGGGGUGGGGGGCAAUAGGAGCCUAUAUAAGAAAAAGACCCAAAAUCGGGACUGUCCCUCUAAAAUCGGGACAUCUGGUCACCCUAUCUGUGGGGCAUGAGGAGGGGUCCCGCCCCCAGCCUGUGGCAUUGGGCAGGCUCCCUGGUGCCCCCUGUGGGGAGGGGAGUUACCCCAAAGUUAUCAGCGUUGCACCGGGAGGGAGCGUCCUCCGUCUCUUACUGCUGAACAUUAGUUACUUCAGAAAGAAAGAAUCGCGAUGUGGGGGCUAUGGGGGGCCAUUCACAUGAAGGGAAUUAAUCCUGUGGAGGUUUUGUGUUAUCCUCCUUUUAGGUUUUUGUCACGUGUUGUGUCUCACCUUCAGGCUUUGGCAUGAUGGAGUGGUGUGGCAUUGGAAAUGUGCACCCCUUUGUGUUUUCUUUCCCUCUUUACAGGCAGCCGGUUAAAAUAAUAGCUUGUGAGGGAGUGUAUGGAGCGCCAGAAUCUGCUAAACACUUUGGGCAAUGAGUGAGCCCUAAUGGCUGUGGGACAUGAGGCGCAUUCUAUAUUAGUCUAUUUUAGGGUACUCUGUAGCACCUAUCAUCAUAUUACCUAAGGACUUACUAAAUAAAUAUUCAAACCUGUGUAACAAUAAAAUGGGAAGUGACCGCUAGUUGGUUGACUUGUGACACAGCAACAUAAGUGGGUUUUGGGGAGGGAUUUGGAGGAGGAUCAGUUCAGGCAGGUCAUUUCAUGCAUAAGGACAGUGUUGAAGAAAGCAAAAGAACAUAUGUGGUGGCUGGGUGGGGGGUGGAAAGUGGUAGGAAGAACAUGGAUAAGGAUGAGAGCGCAGAAUAAUGAAGGGCCUAGAAGAUUAGAACAAGAACUUGAUAUUAUGGAUAGAGCCCUGUACACUUAUAUCCGCGGAUGCAAAUCGGUAUCCACAGAGCUGCAGAGCUCUAACGGGAACCGCAGCAAUGAAAGCAGCAGCCUGGUGGGCUGCUGCUCCCAGGAGCUAGUGCCCCGUGCUGGCAGCUCCUCCAGCAUGGCUGUAUCAUGGAAUAGGUGUGAUGGAGAGAUUGAAAGAGAUGGACAGUGUGGGCUAGAGUAAUGGGCAGUAAUAGAUGAUUAUAGCAGCUGCAGUUUGUAUUGAUUGAGGGUGAGGUGGAAAGAUAUGGUUGUCAGAAAGGCCAGAGAGGAGGAAACUGCAGUAAUCAAGAGAAGAGAUUAGGGCCUGGAUGAGAGUCCUAGUUAUCUGGACAGAAAGAAAGGUCAGAUAUUAGAAAUGACAUGUAAGAAACUGACAAUUUGGAGAGAACCUGGGAGCAAGAGAGCAGGAAGAGUUGAAGAUGUCUGUGAAGUUAAAAGUCUAAGGCCUUGGCUACACUUACCAGGUAGUUCGACGGCUGGAAAUCGAAGUUCUGGGUUCGACUUAUCGCGUCUAGUCUGGACGCGAUAAGUCGAACCCGGAAGUGCUCGCCGUCGACUGCGGUACUCCAGCUCGGCGAGAGGAGUACCGCGGAGUCGACGGGGGAGCCUGCCUGCCGCGUGUGGACCAAGGUAAGUUCGAACUAAGGUACUUCGACUUCAGCUACGUUAUUCACGUAGCUGAAGUUGCGUACCUUAGUUCGAAUUGGGGGGGGUAGUGUAGACCAAGCCUAAUUGAUGGAAAGGAUAGUGAUGUUAUCAACAGUUGACAAUAAAGGGGCAGUGGAAAGGGUUGCUGUUGAGCUAGGGCCAUAUUAUAGAGGUGGGGAGAGCUGUUAGUGAUCCCUAUAUUAAGAAUGCUUAAUGCUUUCCAUUCUUGGGACCUUUUCUUUGAGGAGCUCACACACCUUUAGUGUUUGCCAAAAGCCUUUGAUAUUUGACUGAGAGAACACCUUCAGGCUACCCAUUUACCUUUUCUUUGUCCCAUGAAAUUCAGUUCAUCUUUUGCCAAGAUAUGAACUAUUAAAGAUUGACAUCCCUUCUCUCACUUGCAUGGCCCAGGAAAAACAUUGGCAGUGUGCCCAAGUAAUUGAACACACGUACAUUCUAAGUCCAAGAUCAUGCCAAAGCGACAAUAGUAAGCUGUACUAGCUGGGAGCAGCCAGAGUGGAUGGGACAGGUGGAGAGGAGGGCUCUCCAGACUAAAGACAAAUGGAUGGCCCCAGUGGCCUAUUCUGCCUCCUUGGAGCAUCAGAGGGGGGCAGUAAUCAGUCUGGGUUUCUCCAUCCCAUAAAUCCACCUGGAUCCACUUCCCCGGUCUCCCUCCCCAGCCCCUGGGGUACUACAUGGGACUGGAGCCCUUCCAACUCCCAGAGUUUGUCAGUGGGGAGCCAAUCUCCUGAUUGUACUAGUCCAUCCUCCCUCUGGGAUAACAACCUUCUGCUGCCUGGUGAGGUAGUUCUGUAGCUCAAGUAGUACCAAUCCAUACUGCAAUGUUGAAGGUUCAGAGUUCAACCUCUGUUGAUGAUGCCUGUUGGAAAGGGGGGAAAUGUUACAGUUGCACAUAAUAUAAUUCGUUUUUACUUUUUUUCCUUAAAAAAUAACACACGGAGCUGCAUGCAAAAAUUACCUUAAAAGAACAUUAUUGAAGUUGGGAAAUGCUAGAUUUACAGUUGUCUGUGAAACCUCAGUUCUGCCCCUUUGUGCAUAUGUGUUAUGAUUAAGAUUCUGUCACGGGUAUUUUUAGUAAAAGUCACGGACAGGUCGUGGGCAAUAAACAAAAAUUCAUGGAAGCUCGUGACUUGUUCCUGACUCUUACUAAAAAUACCCUGGGGCAGGGCAGGGGUAGACAGAGGGGCUGACCCAGCCCAAGCCACUGCUCCAGUGGGAUGGGGGCCUCUGCUCUUACAGCCCCGCAGCUGGUAGCUCCUUCUCCAGAAGAAGUCCCGGAAAGUCAUGGAAUCUGUGACCUCUGUGGCAGAAUCGUAUCUGUAGUUAUGAUACAGUCUUUUAUUACAUGAUCACGUACUAUUUUUUUCCACAAGAGCACAGACUGGAUGCACAGUAGGGUAGAAUGAGGGUUGCAGGAGCCACCUUAAAUCUAGCAUUUCUUAACAUUCAAGUGCUUGAAUUUGCAACCUAAUAAUACUUUAAUGUAAUUUUUUUAAAGUGUAUAGUUAUAGGUUGAUGGCAAGACAUAAGGUAGGAAAUGUUGGAGUAAUAGGCUGAAAUGUAGGACUGGAUGGAGCUGUUUCUAUGGCUACCUAAUCUACUUACACCUAUUUACUUGAAUGGCCCUUAUCACUGAGGUAUUUGAGGGUCUCUCAAGUUUUCAAAAAUAGAAAUAAUGUUAGCAAUCUUUCAUUUGUAGCUUAUGGGGAAGUAGCUUGAUUAGUUUAUAGUGUUUUUUUGUUUCUUCGCUUAUGUUCGUGUGAGGUUUCACUUACAUUUUUGUUUAGGAAAAAUCAUCCUCUGCUCAAAGCAAACAUCUUUUAACAGCAAUUCCUUAGUAAAGGCACUAUAAACUGUAAACAGAUACAUUGUAACGUACAUUAUAAUGGAAUUAAAAAUAGUAGGGACUUUUUUUCUGUUUUCUCUUAGGAUUGUCUUUCAGGUUCAUUACAGACCAAAUGUAAAAAAGGAAACUCCCUAACAUACACAGUGCUGCUGCGGCCGUGUUGUAACAUGGCUAGUGGAGACGUACCCUUACUUUCAUCCAUAGAAUGAAAAUCAGCUACAUGCACACCCCACUCACGGUAACUUGGACAGUUCAUCAGAUAAUACAAUUAUGCCUUUGUCCAUAAAUUUUUCACAAUCAAAAAGGACCCACAAUGGAAGAAAGCACUAUAGCAAACCUCUUAGUGACUUGUUCAAGAGUUUCAAAAACUUGGAUUGCUUUGAUGAUGAGCUGGAUUCGCUCUAUGAUUCAAGUCAGCUAGAACUAGAGGAAGAGGUCAUUGUAAAUGUCUCUGCAACUGAUGCAAUUCCAAAUACAGUCACGUACACAUAUACAGAAACAGAUGUCACCCUACCAUCCAAUUUGGCUGCAAACACAGUAACAUGUAGUGACCAUGAUAUCAGUAGUGGUCUGGUUAGGAAGAUCGUGAGCAAGCCUGAAACUCAGGUAUUGAGUGGUCAAAGAUUAAUACCAUCUCACAUCAACCAGAUUUAUGAUGAGCUAUAUGUCAUACAUCAGAAACUGCAGCAAGAAAAUUCAGCACAGCAGGAGUAUGCUCUGCAACUUCAGAAACGAGAACAUUUUUUAGCUGAAAGAGAAGCAUUGCUUUUCAAACAUGAAGCUGCUUUGACUAAGAUAAGAGGUGUGGAAGAGGAAGUUCAUGCAAAAUUUCAAAUUAUAAAGGAGCAACACGAGGCAGAAGUUAAACAGCUGUCAGAAACCUUGAGAGAGAAGACUAAAGAAAGCAAGAGGCUCAAAUCAUCAUUUGACACCUUGAAGGAAAUGAAUGACUCUUUAAAAAAACAGUUAAGUGAUGUAAGUGAGCAGAACAAGAAGAUGGAAGUUCAAGCAAGAAAAGUACAAGCACGUUUAGAGAAUUUACAAAGGAAGCAUGAAUUUUUAACAAUACAGAAAUCUAAAGAUGUUUCUCAAGCAAUGCAAGAAAUUAAAUCUGUGAAGCAGGAAAAAAUGGCAGCAACAUCAAAAAUUUGUAAGGUACCACUUAAUUCACAUGUUUAUGAGCUUUUAACUGUUCUUAUGGAUUGGAUCUCAGAUCAAUUCCUCAAAACGAAAAUAGAGGAAGAAGGAAGAGACAAUCAAACACAAACGUACUCCCACAAAAAUUACACACAAGAAAAGUGUGCAAAGCUUUUACCUAUUGUUGCUGAACAACUCCAGUGGAUGCCACUUGUGAACCCUAAACUACAUAUGCCUGUAAUUAAAUUUACUUACUGGGCUAUAAGGCAGCUAGACUGUGGGAAACAGCAUUCAACUAUGAUAUCGACUAUGAGGAGGCUUGGUGAAGACAUAUUCAAAGGCAUAGUAACUAAGGGAAACCAACAUGGCUCUUCUGAGCAAUCUGCUGAAAGUAAACCAAAGAUAGCAGCUUUCUUUAAGAGUUCCAUUUUACCUUUGAGAUUUGUAUCAACUUUAAUUGUACUCAAAACAGUAACACAAGCUGAUUAUCUGGCUCAGGCAUUUGAUUCCCUUUGCGUGGACUUGAAGACAGAUGAAGGGAAGGCCUUGUUUUUGGAGUACCAAUCUGUGCCUGUUAUAUUAAGUCACUUAAGAAUAUCCAGUAGAGGUCUGCUUUCCAAUGCCAUUGAUGGUUUACUUCAGAUGACAAUGGAAUCUGGUUUUUUGCAGCCUUUCCUAGAAGCCUGCAGCAAUGAGACCUUUUUCCGUACUUGUUCUGUGUUGCUUCGAAAUCCUAAACUCGAUCUACUGAUAGUGGAAAAACUCAGCAUUAUACUGCAAAAACUCUCCAGAAUCAAAAGUAAUAAGAAGAUGUUUGAAUUGUUUACUAUUCAUCUAAUGAUCCAAGAGCUGCAGAGGACAACACAUCCAAAUCAUGCUUUUCUCUGUAUUAACCUCAAUUCAAUUCUCUUUAAUUUGGGCUUAACAAAGACCAACUCUCUUAUCUCCAGUCUAAGCACAAGUCACUAACAAAUGGUAUUUUAUUAUGGUUUAUGUUCUGUAUAAUUUGUACAAACAAGAUUAUAUUUAUUUAUAAAAACUAGCAAAAGAUAGUGCAAACUCGCUAACAAGAACAUCAAUAGCUCAUUUAUUACAGCAUGGGUUAGAAUUUGUCAUGUUACCCUCCCUUACAAUCAGUGUAUUCGUUGAAAGAGAAGGUGGAAAAUUGCACAAUCUUCAAGAGGCCUUCUUUGUUUUUAAAUUUUAAAUGUAGCUGAAAUAUACUACAGGGAUAGUGCUGUGCUGUUCUAGAAAACUGACCUGUUCAACACAACUGGCACCUGCUUGCUAGACACACCACUAGUACCUACUUUCCUCACAAAGUUGUGAAAUAUGAGUUAACCUUAAAAAUAUUAAAAAUUAAAAUUCUUCAGUGUUUUACCAACAUUUAUUAUUAUUUUUUUUGUUGUACAGGUGGCACAUAACAUGGAAACAUUAGUCUUUUUGCAAAUGUAUUUCAGGAAAAUGAUUGUUUUAAUGUACUGAAGUCAAAUUGUGAUGCAAUUGAACUUGAUGUAUAUUAGGUAUAUGUUGAAUGAGAAAUUUUCUCUGGUCUGCAAUAUCCAGUAUUUACAGGAAUCGCUGUUCACUGUUAUCUCUUUACUUAUAUGUAUUUGCGGUACAUCGCUGUGCUUUAUUAACUCAUGAUACUGGUUUUGUAUUUUUUAUGGAUUUUGAUUGUAAUAUUUCUGAAAAUAUAAAGUAUUAAAUUUUUUGGAAUAAUAUUACUUCAGUUAAAAGCCAUAAUCUUUUAAUAAAAUGAAUCUAUUUUCUAUUUUAUUAAUGUCCAAAAGGGCCGUAGUCCAGUCUCCUACUUAUGCACGCACUUUUCCAUACGUACUUUUCAAACACUAACAGUCAAUUAAUUUUGUCAUUUAUAUGCAUAGGUAUCAGUACUCAAAAAAAAUGCAUAUGUAAACAAUAUGAGUCACUUGGCCCAACAAGUCUUUCAUUUCUAAUGUUUGUGUUUGAUUAUGCCAUUCUGUAGAACUACAAGAUGUAUUCUUCGCAACUCCUUGUAAUUAUAUAAUUGAAGCUGUGAUUAUAAUUUAAGAACCUGCUUUAUAAUAAGUCUGUGUUUGAUUAACUUUGUGACCAGUCCAUGUGAAACUUCAUACAAGAUUAGCUUUAAUGCCCUUUGAGUUUUCUGUGCAGGUUUUGUUUGGUUUCUUACUACAAAGUCUUUGAAUUAGGGCUCUGACAGAAAUAUGUCCAUUGCAGUCUGACCUUUUGUUAAUGUUUUUUUAAGACAUCAUUCUACACCAAAUAUGGUAGACGGGAAAUCCUGAGUGUAUCUAGUGCAACGUAUAAUUUAAAAAAAAAAAGGGGGGGAGGGGAGAUUUCAGAUAGCUUUUAGCUAUUAUUCAUCAUAGCUGAAAGUUUGUGCCAAUGAUUGCUGAUGGAUUAAAUCUUCGAAUAAAAACUUCUCCCGCAGCAGA